AUCAUAUUUGGUAACCAGUGAGAUACUUGAACAUUGAAUAAUAUAUCGGGAAUGACCUUAGAUGUUUUACUUAUACAGGACCAGGACGAUAAUACCAUGUGUAUCAUUGACGAUGACCCUUUCUUUGCUGCUCAGCACCUAAAUAGUAACAUGGGAAAGAUCGAUUGGUUCGAGAGGUUGCUGUAUUAUUCAACCUAGCGAAAACCGAAUCCGUUCUCAUCUCUAAAAACACAAACAGUUGGAUUAUGGAUACUGUUCAAAUAGCGGAAGUAACAACUCCCCUGCACCUGCUAAUGACAUGAACAUAUUCAGUAUGUCAAUACUAAUGCCUGGCAGCGUUUUUCUCUCAUGUGAUCAUUCAAAUACGUCCUGGAUCUCAAAUCGCAAAAAGUUUAAUAUAAAACAAUAUUUCGGCCACUGUUUGAUACUACAGAUGCGGUUUUGGAGAACAUUACGAAAGUUGACAAAUAGGACCUACAGAAAGUUUAGCAUGAGAAAGCACAAAUCAUCUCCCGUGCAACAGGUUUUCAUUUCCAUUUCAAAUCUUUAUAUUCAAGAUUAAAUAGGAAAUGGCACAUUUUGUCGUGUUGAUUCUGGUUGUUUUGGGAAUGGACGUUUUGUAUGCAUCUGGAAAGUCUUUUCACUAUUUAGAAAGUGCCCAAAAGUUCGGAGAAAACAACCUGUGCAAGACUCAAGACCAGAGACAGAUGCUCCAGAAGGCAUUAAUUGGAAAGGUCUGCUCAUCAUCUGAUAAGCAGAGGAACAAGGGCUUCAACAAUGAUGACUUCAUGCUGUACGUAGUCCACACCCUUUGCAAAGAUACAGGCGGCUGGCUUGCUGAUUGGGUGCUGAAAAACGUGGAUACUGAUGAAGAUGGACGGGUAUCCCAUUUUGAGGAGAACAUGUUUUACAACAACAACUAACUAUCGACAAAAUAGAUACAAUGUAGCUUCCAGUUGUACUUUUGAACACAUCCGGUCUGGUUUGACAAGGAUCUGGAUUGCUGGUCAAUCCGUAUUGUAUUCUCAGCCAUUAUUGGACACUUCUGGUUGUUGGGGAUGUUUUUGGAUUGCUGGUCAAUACGUUUUAGAAACUCAUUAAUUAGGAGCAAAAGGGGCUAUUUUGCCUUCUGCUUUAUGUUAUUUGCUUAAUUACUCUUUUCACGACCAAUGAACGUUCUAACUGUGAUAUGUGUGUGCAAUGUGUGUUAUAUAUUUACACAGCAUUCGUUAAUAUUUGUUCUCUUUAAUUGUUAUUUGUUGUACAAUGCUUUCCUAAAUAGUUCAUUGUCUUAAUAAUAGUACCAUACACCCAUUUAUAGUUUGUUACAGUUACUUAACAAUAUAUAUAUAGCAAACAUCGAGGGGGGUCACUGAAAAUUCUAAUUGACAUUUAUAAGUAAUUUAAAUGCCCUUUUGCCUUACACAAUCUUCAUAAACCUAUCAAAAGCGCGUUUCUCAUAGUUUAAGUACCUACACCGGUUGAUCUUGUUAAUUAUAGUCUGUUCUUUUGAGGCGGUGGGUGAACUCUUAUCAUAUCAUUUAUAAUUUAAUUUGGUGCGUUUCCCAAAACCCUUGAGCAAAAAGAAACUUUGUAUUCAUGUAUUCAUAUUACACCUUAAGAGUCAAUUUUAUAAAACAAAAAAACACGUACACGCAAACACAAGUUG